AACAAAUUAAUUAUUGAAUGUUGGCGAGCACUUGCUCAAAUUGUCGGCGAGGAAAAUGUGCUUGAUGGUCAUUUCCAACGAAACCCACUAAAAGAAUUGCAAUUCUUUAAUUCAUACCAAAAACGACAGGGGACAAAUUUUUAUGAAUUGCAACGAAGAUUAUUAGAUGGCGCCCGACAAUAUUUAGAGGAUCAAUAUGAUAAAUGGGUUGAUGAUUACAUUGCUGGUCAUCGAAAAGAAGCUCAGAUGGGCGGAAUACCAUUGCCUAGGAACAAAGCAGAGGCUUUCAUGCGUGCUUUUCACCGACCAAAUGGAGGGAAACCAAUGGACCACUUGGAAGUUAUUGCAGAAAAAAUCCCGUUAUGGGGUGUAAUAUUCACUUUAACACGAUGCGGUAAUCUAACUGAAGCUUUGGCAGUAGCUCGUGAUUAUGAACGUCAUUUGCAUAGAAAUGACAAGACAUUUAUAACAUAUUUCGCCGAAUACUUGCAAAGAAAGAGAAGACUGCCACGAGAACAAAGGGAACAACUUGUAGCAGAUGUAAAACAACGCGUCAAACUUUCUGCUAAACAUCCUCAAGAUUAUUACAAGCUGACUAUGUAUCAUAUUUUGGCUCAAUUACCUUUGACCACCAUACCUAAUACUGCAAUUCCUUCAACAGAGGAUUACCUUUGGUUUAACUUGACGAUAGUUCAGCAUGGAAAGGAGGUCGGUGGAACUGGAAAUGAAUCGUUAACCGUUGGCAAUUUUCAAAAACAUAUUAUACAAUUCGGUCCGAAUACAUACACUUCUGACGGUAAAGAGCCAGUACAAUAUUUCAGGGCAUUAUUAAUAUCCGCGCAGUUUGAAAGAGCUGUCGAUUAUCUGAAUAAAACCGAUUUUUCCGUAGAAGCUGUGCACUUUGGCAUCGCGCUUGCUUACUAUGGUCUUCUUCGAGUGCCAGAAAAUCAAGACGCCAUGGCGACGCUUCUUGAGAAUAGUGAUGGAAUUAGUGCCUAUCUAAAUUUCAAUGGACUUAUCUAUCAUUAUGUGGAACGAUUCCAUUUGUUGAGACCAAGACUUGCAGUCCACUAUUAUUCUUUCUUAUAUUUAUACGGAAGCGAACAAACCGAAGCAGCACGCAAUCAAGUAGAAUUAAGUAACGCGUAUAUACGUCAACUUGUAUAUGAUACAGGAAAUUUUGAAGAGUUAUUGGGCAAUCCUCGAAAGCAUUUGGCAAGUGAAAUACCUGAGAAUUUACCAUUAUUGCAUAUUCAUAACGAUGUGGAAUUCAAGGCAAAGAUAAUAGCGCCAUUAGGCAAAAAGUUUGAACUUGACCAUAAAUACAAACAAGCGUUAGAACUGCUUGAACUGGCUGAGGAAUACAACUUCGUCAUAUCAGUAUUAAACAAGAUGCUCGGUGAAUAUCUAUGGAAUCAUACUCAUCAACAAGCCUCAAUCGAGACUGACGAAGAUCUAGAUCCAAAAUAUGUAAAACAAAAAUUUGCCCAGUACAUACAAGAGCGGCUUCUGAAUCAUUGCUCAACGAUGAUUAUCAGAGACUGUGAAUUAUUAUUGGAUUUGACAGAGUUCGUAAAUUUUUACAAUCAAAAGGAUUAUGUGCGAGCGCUUGAGUUAAUUGAAAGGAUGAACAUCAUCCCACUCGAAGCUGAUAUGGCUGAAAUGGCAAAACGAAAUCAAGAAUUAUCAGGAAAAAGCGAGGAAAUACGGCGAAAUUAUCCUGCGUUAAUGUUACUCACUAUGGAAUGUUUGUAUGAGUAUCACCAACAGCUGAAAACACGGCCUUCGCCUGGUCCGCUAUUUGAUACUGAUUCUUUUAGUAAAAUGCAUGAACUACAAAGAAAAGCUCGAAAUAUCAUGCAAUUUGUUGGGUUUGUAAAGAAUAGUUUACCGUCUGACAUCUAUAACAGGUUGGCCCAUUUCGAAGUCCUUAUGCGAUGA